AUGACAACCCACCCUACCGCCGCAGCGGAUGCCAUUGCCAAACGAGUCCGCUUCUCGCCGUUUGUGACAUUCUUGGGCGACGAACCCGAACCACCACCGGAAAUGGAAGAGUCCCUUCGUAUGGACGGAUCUUUCGCAGCGAAUGGCAGUGUCGUAUUUGGUCGUCGCAGUAGCCUCACGAACAGUAGUAAUGGCCAGAGACGGCGAAGCAUUGACAUGAACGACAUGGAACGUCAAUUUGGAAAUGUGUCUCUGGGCGGAGCCUUUCCUCUCAACUUUUCCGCCACGUCGUGUGAUUUGGACGUGUCGGCCGAGUCUAUUAUCGAAGAAGACAACGAAAGCGACGAAGACCCCAAGCCGCAACAAGCGAUGGAAGACAUGCACAACUUUGCCGGCAGUUUGGACGUUUCCUUUCAAUCGGAUUCGUCCUUUCCUCCCAUGGCCCAAAUUCCGGCGGCGGCGAUUGAAAUAAGCGGGCCACCACCAGCGGCGGUCGACCAUCAUCGGCGUCGUGCUACGGGAGACGGGAACGUGGCGGUUGGAACAGCCGCCUAG